AUCGGAGGCAGCCCUUUGUCGUCCUUUCUGGCUCUUCUUCUUCCCUCUUCUCCUUUCUCUCUGUUCCGUUUCAGGCCCGGUGCUUUUCUUCUCUCCUUUCUUUCUUUUCCUUAUCGUUCAUCGGAUUCGCAGGGGAGCUGGUCUCUCUCUCUAGUCCGUCGAGUUUGUGUAGUUUGGUUUGAGUCGGGGAGAUGAUGUCGGUCGAGGAGCAGGUGCAGGACGAGGAGCUGAAGCAGUCGCCCACGCUCUCGAAUUCGUCGUCGUCGUCGUUUUCGUCCGAGGAGGGCUAUCUGAGCAGCGCGAGCAGCGACGACCUGGUCGAGAACGAGAGCGGCGACGAGACGUCCGUCGAGGGCAGCAGCAGCGAUGGCUCCGACGAGGAAGAGGGCGAGGAGAUUGUCUUGAGGCCCUAUCGGACACGGCCGGCCAAGAGCAGCCCGCUAUGCGACUCGGCGUCGCUCUCGCAGCUCCAGGCGCUCUUGCCCAUGCCCAAGAUUGCCGUGUCGUCGCCGCCUCCGCAGCAGAGGAGCCCGUCGGCGACGUCGGCCAUGUCAAUGAGGCAGGAGGCUGUCCUGCGCUCGUUUCGACAGAGGCGGCAGUCGGAGCUCGAGGAGACUGUGCCGCUGCCGCGCAUCGAGAUCGAGCAGGUCGGCUUGGAUGAGGACUCCGAGUCUGACUGCGCCGUCGAGGACGAGGACGAAGAUGGCGAGGAGGGUCGGAGCAGAGCGAGGGCAUCGCGACGGAUGCUCUCUGCACUGGGACGUGGCAGGCCCGGCAUGAGGCGCCAGCAAUCGCUCGCAGACCGGCGAGGAGGGGGCCACGCCCGCGUGCCCUCCCUCGACCAAAUCUCGACGCGGGUGGCUGCACUCCAGACCGAGACCGAGACGCCGUCGCCCGCCUCGUACGUGAGCAGGGGCACCAUGGCGCUGCAGAGCCCCACACCCGGCACGCCUGGCUCCGCGUUCUCGAUGUCGCCGACACCGACGCCGACGCACGCGCGCAGCUUCAGCUGCCCGCACUCGUCGUCGGCGGCCGCCACCUUUGGCAAGGUCAAGGUCUUUGUCACGCCACCGACACCGAGGCCCCAGCUGCCAUCGAGCCCCAGCACGCCGUCGUCGAUGUCCUUCAAGAGCUCCGAGCCGAACGAAGGCCACGGCCUGCUGCUCACGCCCCCACCCGUCGAGAUGGCGCCCGGCCGCAACAAGCAGCUGCAGGAGAGCCAGGAGCAGCAGCAACAGCAUAUGUGGACAACGAUGGUCAGCCAGUUCUGGACCAACGCUGCCAUCUUGGGAAACGCCUCGGUGGCAGCGGCCGCGGCGGCCGCGCAGAUAAAUGCGACAACACCGUGGCCGCAGCAACAGCAGGUAUUGAUGACGCCCCCGACGGAACUACACAUUCCGCGACGGCAGCCAUCGAAGCGCAAGACAGCGGGGCCACCAGGCAAGAAGGACGAGGGGGACAAGGCGGCGGUGUCGGGUGCCGCAGAGAGCAGCAGCUGGUGGAGACGGCCCGAUGCGCCCCAGCCACGGCAGCCAUCAACGUCGUUUAGGCCCAUCACGUCUGCGGUCAACGCAAAGGAGACGAGGACGAGUUCGUACCCGCAAAAGCCCAAAGAGGACACGGCAAAGGAGGUGAAAAAGUACGUGCCGCCGGCCAAGAGGGGCAGCUUCGGCUCGGCCACGACGUCGUCACCGUCACCGGCGGGCUUCAAUGGCCUCGGCAAGCGAGCGAGCCUGCCUGCGAAGCCGGCGGUCCCGAUGCCCGCACCGACCGACCGUGCGCGGGUGGCACAGACGAUGCUGACUCGUCUUGGCCAGCGCCAAGGACAGACAGCGGGAGCUUGAUCCCUCUGCGAGCCGAUUAUAAUAUUCAUUCCUUUCGUUACCUCUGCGGUCACACUGUCGAUCCGAUCAUACAAGUUUGUGCUUUUCUCUCGACAUCGCCCAAUUACUUUUUCUGGCCAUCGUG